AUGACUUCCUCUGUUAACAUAGUAGAGAGAUCGAGCUCAACCUCCAGCUCCAGCUCCAGCUCCAUCUCCAUCUCUCAUCAUCAUCAGCAGCAACCAGAGUGGUUGCUAUCAAUACUGGCCGAGACCAACCAGCAAGAAACACUACUUGGAGAGUCUCAAAGAAAGCCAAGAAUUUACAAGGUUCCUUCAAUUCUUCGUGACAUCCAAACACAUGCAGAUUCUUUUGAUCCUAUGGUAGUCUCUUUUGGUCCUUAUCACCAUGGCAACCCUAAACUUGCCAUGAUAGAGGACCUCAAGGUCACAAUAGCUAAGCAGUUAGUAUCAGGAAGAAACCUUCAAGAAUUCUCCAAUUUCGACGAAGUAGCUCGUGAUGCGAGAGAGUAUUAUGAUAAGGAAUUAACAGAUCGAUUCAGCGAAGAAGAUUUUCGGCGUAUGAUGUUCCUUGAUGGUUGUCUUCUCCUCUAUUCAAUUGAUUGUAUAAUGAACCCUACUGAGGAGGAUUCUAGGAUCAAGAACAACCAAAUGGCUUUUAUCUCAAGAGACAUUCUCUUGCUUGAGAAUCAACUCCCUUAUAUAGUUCUCCACACCUUGAUGAGCUACAAUAUCCCUAGAGAACAUAAAGGAGAAAAUUUGGUCCAUAAAUUCAUCAAAAGAAGCCGAAGCAAUCAGCACUUGUCAUUGCCGCCGCCGUCGUCGUGGGAGAAUCUGCAAGAUCAACCCCCUCAUCUCCUUCAUCUUCUUAGGGAAGAGCUUGUUGGUACAGUACCUACUCAUCCUCAUGAACCAAUUAACCCUUUAGACGAAUUCAACGAUUGGCAUUCGUUUCGAUCCGUCUCUGAGCUUAGGGCUGGGGGAAUUGAAUGCAAGAAAAGUGGUAGUUCAAGCUUGAAAGAUGUAAGUUUCAAUCCUCAGAGCUUUCAUGGAGAUCUAUCUCUUCCUCCAAUUGUUGUUGAUGACAAUACCAAAUCUAUGUUCUUAAAUUUGGUUGCUUAUGAAGCAAGCCCUGAUUUUACUAAUGAUUAUGCUGUCACCUCUUACAUAUGUUUUAUGGAUGCACUUAUUGAUCAUGCUGAAGAUGUUAAAUUGUUGAGAUCAAAGGAAAUACUCCUUAACUUACUUGGAAGUGAUGAAAAAGUGGCUGAUCUCUUCAAUGAUUUGGCAACCAAUUUGGUUCCAAACCCUAAUGAGUAUAGAGAUGUUAAGGGAAAUAUUGAGAAAUAUUACAAGAAAAAGAGUGUGAUUUGGAUAACAGAAAUGUUGGAAACACAUUUCAGAAGCCCAUGGACUGCUCUUGGUUUCCUUGUUGCUUUGGUUAUUAUUCUUCUCACCUUUGUUCAGUCUUACUUUUCAAUCUUCCCUAGAGGUGGUGGUGGUGGAGAUCAGCAACGUUCAAGAACUCCAGCAAGGAAAAUUCCUUACAACAACUAGU